AAAGUGACAAAUGUUUUGUGUAUUGAAUAUCGAUUUUUAUUUACUUUCAGAUUCCGUUUAAGAAAAUUAUAACAAAAACCGUGUUAAAAUGGCUAACGACACACCUGAGAGCGAUUUCUCAAUAGAAUGCUUUCAAAACUACUCGGCUCCGGAGGUAUUUGUGCAAGGAUUAGCAGGAAUGGUAAACCAGAACGAUGUGGAAACCGUUAUUAGAGCUCAGAAAAAUAUGUUGCAACGUUUUGAGAAGACAACAGAAAUGUUAACAAACUGCAACCAGUUGUCUGCCAGCCGUCUCCGAGCAGCCUCCACCGAGUUCAAGAAGCACACACAACUGCUCCUCGAGAUGAGAAAAGAUCUGGAGUUUAUAUUCAAAAAGAUUAGAGCUAUUAAAACUAAACUAAGUACACAAUACCCUGAAGCCUACAAGUCAGCAGUAGCAGCAUCAAUAGCCAACAGAAGACCAGCAGAUGAUGACGAUGAUGAAGACUUCAAGGCUUCAGAGACCAGACCAGAAUCCAAAAUGGUGGCAACCGUCUCCACAGAAACACUAAAACCUACCACCAGUGAUACUGGCAAGAAAUCAAAGAAAAAAGAUUUGACUAGUGAUGAGAGUAACAAUAAUAAGGACACUAGUGUUGCCAGUGAAGAAAACCCUAAAACUGUUGGUAGAAAAGUGAAAAGAAAUAGUAGUUCUUCGGAGACAGAAAGUGCGAGUUCUGGUGAUGAUAGCAGUACCGAUACAGGCUGAAAGGAAUCCUCUUGUACAAAUAUUCAUGUAAAUAUUAUUUAAUCAUGUCUAAGGUUUAGCUUAUU